UGCUCUCGCUCCGGAUUGUAGUUUCAGAGCUUUGCUGCCGUCAUUCAGGAGCUGGAUGGCGUGGGACAUGUGCAAUCAGGACUCUGUCUGGAGCGACAUCGAGUGUGCUGCUCUGGUUGGUGAAGACCAGCCUCUUUGCCCAGAUCUUCCAGAACUUGACCUCUCCGAAUUAGAUGUGAACGACUUGGAUGCGGACAGCUUUCUGGGCGGACUCAAGUGGUACAGUGACCAAUCAGAGAUCAUUUCCAAUCAGUACGCCAAUGAACCGUCAAACAUAUUUGAGAAGAUAGAUGAAGAGAAUGAAGCGAACUUGCUAGCAGUUCUCACAGAGACAUUGGACAGUAUCCCUGUGGACGAAGAUGGAUUGCCUUCAUUUGAUGCACUGACAGAUGGAGAUGUGACCAAUGAAAAUGACGCUAGCCCUUCACCAAUGCCUGACGGCACCCCUCCACCUCAGGAGGCAGAGGAGACGUCUCUACUUAAGAAGCUCUUGCUGGCUCCAGCAAACGCCCAGCUAAAUUACAACGAAUGCAGUGGCCUCAUCUCACACAACCAUGCAAACGCCAACCACAAGAUCAGAACAAGUCCUGUGGUGGUUAAGACUGAGAAUUCAUGGAGCAAUAAAGCGAAGAGCAUUUGUCAACCGCAAAAGCCGCAAAGGCGUCCUUGCUCAGAGCUUCUCAAGUAUCUGACUACAAACGAUGACCCUCCUCAAACCAAACCAACAGAGAACAAGAACAGCAACAGAGACAAAUGCACCGCUAAAAAGAAGGCGAUUUUGCACUCGCAGACGCAUCAUUUGCAAGCCAAACCAAUGAGUUUAUCGCUUCCUUUGACACCUGAGUCACCAAACGAUCCCAAGGGUUCCCCAUUUGAGAACAAGACUAUUGAACAAACUUUAAGUGUGGAACUCUCUGGAACUGCAGGCCUAACUCCGCCUACAACCCCUCCUCACAAAGCCAAUCAAGACAACCCUUUUAGGACUUCACCGAAGCCAAAGUCAUCAUGCAAGACUGUUAUGCCACCUUCCAAAAAACCCCGCUGCAGUGAGUCUUCCAGCUCUCAAGGACAUAGCUUAGUUCGGAAGGGUCCGGAGCAGUCAGAGCUGUACGCACAGCUUAGCAAGACAACUGUGCUGUCUGUCGGUCAUGAGGAGAGGAAGACAAAGCGGCCUGGUUUGCGGCUGUUUGGUGACCAUGACUACUGUCAAUCUGUUAAUUCCAAAACAGAACUACGCAUCAACCUGUCCCAGGAACUUCAGGAUUCCAGACAAGUAGAAUUCAAAGGCUGCUUGCCUGGCCGGUGGUGUCAUAUUUGUUCUUCUUUCGAACAACACGACCAGUACAACAAGAGAGAGACUUCGCAGGCGAGCAAGCAGGAUUUGCAGUGCAACAACUGGAAACAGCUCCAAGACCAGGAAAUCCGGGCUGAACUCAAUAAGCACUUUGGUCACCUUAGCCAAGCUGUUUUUGAGGAAGAGUCCCCAAAGACCAGUGACCUGAGGGACAACAGUAAUUACAGCGAUGAACAAUUCUCCAAGCUACCUAUGUUUAUCAAUUCAGGACUAGCGAUGGAUGGUCUUUUUGAUGAUAGUGAAGAUGAAAGUGACAAACUGUGCUGCUCGUGGGAUGGGACGCAAGCCUUCUCUUUGUUUGACCUGUCACCAUCUUGCUCAUCCCUGAACUCUCCAGGCAGAGAUUCAGUGUCUCCACCCAAAUCCUUACUUUCUCAAAGAUUCCAAAGGAUACGCUCUCGACCAAGGUCCUUCCCUCAGCGCAGGUCUUGUUCCCGUUCUCCAUAUUCCCGGUCGAGAUCAAGGUCACCGUGCAGUCGAUCCUCCUCAAGGUCUUCUUACUAUUAUGAGUCCAGUCAUUGUAGACCCCGAGCAUAUAGAAGUUCUCCCUUGUAUUCAAGAUCACGAUCCAGAUCGCCCUACAGCCAUAGACCCAGAUAUGACAGCUAUGAGGAAUAUCAGCAUGAAAGGCUGAAGAGGGAAGAAUACCGCAAAGAAUAUGAAAAAAGGGAAACUGAAAGGGCCAAACAAAGAGAGAGGCAGAGGCAGAAAGCAAUUGAAGAACGGCGCGUAAUUUAUGUUGGUAAAAUUGUGCCUGACACAACCCGUACAGAACUGAGGGACCGCUUUGAAGUUUUUGGUGAAAUUGAGGAGUGCACAGUAAAUCUACAGGAUGAUGGAGAUAGCUAUGGUUUCAUCACUUACCGCUACACUUGUGAUGCUUUUGCUGCUCUAGAAAACGGAUACACUCUGCGCAGAUCCAAUGAGCCUGACUUUGAGCUGUAUUUUUGUGGACAAAAGCAAUUUUGCAAGUCUAACUAUGCAGACCUAGAUUCAAAUUCAGACGAUUUUGAUCCUGCUUCUACUAAGAGCAAGUAUGACUCCAUGGAUUUUGACAGUUUACUUAAAGAGGCACAGAGAAGCUUGCGGAGGUAAUGUGAAUCAUGGCCAAGGAUAAUGGAGGGAUGGUGAAUACCUCAUGGACGUCACGUCCUUCAAUAAUGGACAAUGAAGUCAUGCUUACAGGUUUCUCCUACUCUACACUCUCCGUACAAAAAACAUGGUUUACAUGGACACAGCUGCUUGAGGAAUGAAGAGGCAAAAUGGAACUGGUGUGAGGAUUUGUGUACCCCUGGGUAUCAGCUGUGUUUUCCCAGGGUAAUGAGGUUGUGGGUUAUGAUCUUCAUAGAGAGUGCCAAGUGGGAUCCACUUGAAAUGGCAGCAGUUCCAUAGAGAUACAUUUAAAAAAAUGAAAACUCAAAAAUGUGUACAUACGACAUUUUCAAAACGAAACAAAUUCAAACUUGAGCUGCUGACAUCUGAGACACACUGCGUUUUCAUUCUUUUUUUGGUUCGUUUAUUUUUAAAACAAGCUUCUUCUCACACCGUGUUGUUUUAAUAUGGCGACAAUCCUGAAGAGAACUACAGAUCCUGCAAAACCCACCGUCUCUUAUUGUGCUUUUCUCAUGACGGCAAGAAAAAAACGUGGAAGCGUUAAAAACUUCCAUAGCAUUUUAUAGUUUUGUCUUUUUAAUUGUGACAUCCAUGUCAGUGUCCAAAAUGUUUAUGUAACGUAGAGAAAUUUUAAGACCCUCAUUAACAGUCAGCGUGUUCGGUGUGUGUGUUUUUCUUUUUCCCUUUGAGCCGACAUGGUGUUACACUACAAAAACGUUGAGGGUAACUGUUCGGGGUUGGGGUGGGGGUUGGAUGUACAGUUAGAUUAUUUACUACAUUCUCAAAUGUAGUCAAGUAUUUACAGAUGUUAAAUGGAGUAUUUUUAUUUUGUGUACAUACUGUCUACAAGACAAUGCUCUUUUUUGUUACAGCUAUGCACUGUAAAUGCAGCGUUCUUUUAAAAAAAAACUGCUGAAAUUUUUCUUAAUCAAGAAUAUUCAAAUGUAAUUAUAUGAGGCAAAACAAUAUUGUACACUAACAUAUUUAGAAAGCUGAACUUACGCUUAUAUAUAUUUGAUUGUAAAAAAAAGAAGAAAAGUGUGUGAGUGAGUGUGAGUGUGUGUGUGUGUGUGUGUGUGUGUGUUGAGGGCAAAAAUAUUAAUGCUUUACGCACAUCAUUCAUCCCUUCUUUAAUUAACUAAUCUAAUCACAUCGACCAGAAUUCAGCCAAAGUUAAGAAAUGUUCGGGUCUCAUCCGUAAGCUAGACUCGCUUAGCUGCUCCCAUCUUUUACCACUCGUUGAAAUGUCGACAUCACUGUUUUUUCAACCAGUGGGAUUUCACAGUAUGCCCGGUGGUAGGAAUGCCACCAACUUGAAAAGAACUGGUCUAAAUCUUCUACCAACAUUGUUAAGGCAGGUAGGGUGGUUAUGUAGCAGGAUAUUCAUGCUUGUCCCAUUGGGAGGAACGUAGGAAUCUGGAUUGGGAUAUAUAUAUAUCUUUCCCAUAUAUUCAUAUUAUAUAUGAUAUUAAGGUCCUGUGACCUCCUGACAGAUGUCCUACGUUGGACUUAACGUCUGUUGUUUCUAGUGUUGCUUGCUGAAAACCUCAUAGGAUGCUGGAAGUUUCUGUGAAGAGUGUAUGAUCAAUGUUUGCUUUAAGUUGGAGACCCAGUUUGCUAAAGACAGAUUGUCCUAUGGCUCCCAGGAUCCCUAGUGACCUGACUAGAGAGAUGGUGAAAUUAUUAGAUGAGAUCAUUGGGGUAAUUUCUGGAAAACUACUUCUAUUUAUUUAUAAGGUUCAUUAGUUUUGUUAGGAAAGGUGCUUCUUCUAACCAUGUGGCCAGAGGGUACAGAUGUUACAAGGCCCCCAUCUACAGGUAGGUGCAUUGGCGCCGGGAGGCGCCUUGCACCCACAUUUGCCUGCCUUCCUGGCAUCUGCAUGGGAAGGAAGGCAAGUGUGAAUUUUCCUGCCCAUUGCCUCUGAAAAGUUUUUUUAAAAAAAGAAACGGGGCGGGGGAGGAGGAAAGGAACGGGCCCGUUCUUCCCCAGGUAGGAGAGGAAAGGAACGGAGCUGGGUUUUUUAAU